CCGCCCAUCUCCCAUUUGCUCCUUCGUAUUGCUCAUUCGCCAGUAACGUCUCGCAGUCACUGAUCCUGUUGACUACUAUGACUAGGCCGACAUGUGAAAUCAUAGGAUGUCAUGCAGGCAGAGUAUGCGUGCAGGACUGAUGCCUGGGAGAUGGAGGAGAUAUAAGUGGCGAUGGUUUCGCUGCUUGGGAUGGAUUGUCACUUACAAGUUUUUCUAUUCAUCUUUCCCACGUGAGUUCUGCGAAUUUGACCAUUCGCAGAUAGUUUCAUCGUUUCAAAAUUUUUCAAUUUAUCAAGAGCUCAGUGUUUCCCGGAUCUGCAACUAUGACGCAGAUCACUCAGGACGUCUCCAAGAAAGAGGAGGGCGUGAACCCUCCUCAGAACGAGACGCAGAAGGACGAGAAUACCGAAGAGGAAAAGAAGUUCGCCCCCGUCGGCACCAUCUGCGACGUGCAAAACCUCUACCAGACCAAACCCGACGAGCACGAUGGCAAAUCAUGGUCGAAGGAAAUGCCAAAAGAUCUGCCCCUCGCCGUCGAGGACGCUGAAUCCUCCCAGUUUGCGCUCAUUCUGCGAAAUAUCAAAUGCUACGACGGAUCGAGGAGCCUCGCGAUCCACUCGGUCGUGGUGCAGAGCGAGCCCCUGAAGAAGUUCCUGGGUAAGGUGUUGGACGGAUACCCUGGUGUGACGAUGACGCUUGACCGGGUUGAGUUCACCAAGCCCUUCGCGCCUCUAAUCCACCGAUGGGAUGACUUUACCAAGCUCCUGGAUGAGGAAGAGGAUGCCACGACCAAGGAACACGCCAAUUUGUUCUACAAUAUUCUGGAGGAGGAGCUGCGGGACCAGGUUGCGCGGAAGAGGGACCACGUCCAGCAGGGAGUAAUCACGCACAAGCUCCUUUGGACUCUCUUCGAGCCCGAUGAUCUGCUGAUCAGCUCGAUUGGUGGUCGGCAGAGUGGAUUCCGAUUUGUCAGUGCAGACGUGGAUUGCGACUCGGGAGAUUACCAACUGACCACGAAACACAUCGACUUUGACGGCGACGAUUUCGGAUUCAAAGAGAAGGAGUUCGGAAUCCCUCACUUUGACGGGACGACAUCCAUCACUUCCUUGAAGGUGUUCCCUCUGCGAUACCACCCCGACAAGGCGGCAAUUCGGGAGGCGUUGCUGGCCCGUGGAAAGAUAUGGGAGCAGCACAGGGGAUACCACUACAAGAACUACGAUGAGACUGCAAUUUCGUGCGGCCAAGACGAGGACGAUGAGACCAAGUAUCACGUCAAGAGCCGCAUCAUCAUCGAUGCCGAAGGAUUCAACAUAUUCCACCCCACCCAGUCAGUCCGCAUUGAUGAUACGAUCCGUGGUGGAUUGACAGAUGAGCAUCGCCUCAUCACAGUACCCACGGUACACGGAUACUCCUUGAAGGAAAAAGAGUGGCUCCGAUUUUACAUUGAUGCGGUAAGCGACAUCACAUGGGACUCAGACGCCUUUAAAUCCCUAGUCCUCCCCACGGAGCAGGAGAACCUCAAAGACCUGAUCCUCGCGUUCGCCAAAGCCCAGUCCAAACAGCUCGGCAAUUUCGACGACGUAAUACAGGGCAAAGGCCGCGGGAUCGUGAUGCAGCUCAGCGGGCCCCCGGGAGUCGGAAAGACGCUGACAGCCGAGAGCGUUGCGGAAGUGAUGCAAGUGCCUCUGUACAUCAUGAGCGCCGGGGACCUCGGAAGCAGUGCCGACGACGUCGAGAAACGACUCAAGAACAUCCUCCGCAUGAUCCCCAAAUGGGGCGCCGUGCUGCUCCUCGACGAGGCGGACGUGUUCAUGGAGGAACGAAGCGCCACCGAUCUGGAGCGGAACGAGCUGGUUUCGAUUUUCCUGCGUAUGCUCGAAUACUACGAGGGCAUUCUGUUCCUGACCACGAACCGUGCCGAGCGCAUCGACCCGGCCUUCGAGUCCCGCAUCCACGUCUCGCUCCACUACAACGAACUGGAUUGGACCUCGAGACGGCACAUCUGGGAGCAGUUCCUGGGUCGCAGCACCUCGGUGUUCACGACCGAGCAGUUGGACAGCGUGGCAGAAGUGGAGCUCAACGGUCGGCAGAUCAAGAAUGCGCUCAAGACGGCGAACCUUCUGGCUUGGGCGCAGGGAUUGGAGAUGAAGUUCGAGCACGUCAAGACGGUGCUUGAUCUUCGGUCGAUCGCCAAGCCUAAGGCAACCUAAGCGUUCAUACAGACCGAUAUGAGAUGAUGUAAUGUUUGUUCCUUAGCUAGAUAAUAGAGAUCAUUUGAGCGUCA